GCCGUAGCCAACUUUUCCGUCGUGGACCUCCGGACACCUCCUAGCGACUCCCUGGUUCAGGGACUGGCCAAGGAGCUUCAUGGCGGAACUACAGUGAUCAUGUACAAGCUCGGAGAUGGCAUGGGGAGCGAUCCGAAUGCGCCCAAGGAGAUGACACCCGAGGAGAAGGAGGAGGUCAGCAAAGCCAACGGGGGCAAGGGUGAUUCAAUGCUUACAUCAGCUUGGAAGCACAUCCGGGAGAUUCGUGCCAAUAGCGGCAACGUGGUGGCAAGUGUUGUGAGUGUGGUGGAUCCGGAGAACUGCUUGACCAAGCUACUGUACCUGUUGUACAGAUUCAACGAUGAGGACGACUAUCCCUACUUCCCUCGCAAGCUCGGGGCUUGCGAUAUCGGCUGGAACUUCCAGACCGGAUCCGUUGCAGGGGGAAUUUUCUGA